AAGAGCGUGUGGGCGGGUUAUUUUGAACCGCGCCGCUGUAGAUUAUGUACUUCCAUAACAAUCCUCUCAGCUCAGAUCUCAGCACAUCCUCGGCUAGAAAGCCUCUGGGUUUUCUCUGUUAUGGAACAGAAGAAUGCAGUGCCAUCCUGGGUUAACCCGGCUCUGGUCAACUGGAGGCUGGACUCUUUUGGUAGCGAUGCUGGGCAGAGGGUUCAUGUGGAGUUUUAUGUGGACGAGAACACAUUUAAAGAGAGACUCAAACUUUUUUUCAUCAAAAACCAAAGAUCCAGUUUAAGGAUCCGAAUAUUUAACUUCUGCCUGAAGCUUUUGACAUGUGUUCUCUACAUCAUACGAGUGAUGACGGACAAUCCAGCCCAGCUUCGCCACACAUGCGUGAACUGCAGCUCACAGACCAACGACAUCAACUGGGAGCUGAUAUUCUGGGUGGACAGAAAAGUACCGGUGUGGGCCAUUCAGGUGAUUGUAGCAUCCAUCAGUUUUAUGGAGGCCAUGUUACUGACCUACCUGAGUUACAAGGGUAAUCUAUGGGAGCAGAUCUUUCAGGUGUCUUUCCUGCUGGAGAUGCUCAACACCGUCCCGUUCAUCAUCACGAUCUUCUGGCCCCCACUCAGAAACCUCUUCAUCCCAGUGUUUCUCAACUGCUGGCUGGCCAAGUGUGCUCUGGAGAGCAUGAUAAAUGAUCUGCACAGGGCCAUUCAGAGGACUCACUCCGCCAUGUUUAAUCAGGUCCUGAUCCUCAUCUGCACCCUCUUGUGUCUCGUCUUCACCGGCACAUGUGGGAUCCAGCAUUUAGAGAGGGCCGGUAAGAAGAGUCUGUCACUCUUCAACGCUCUGUAUUUCUGCAUCGUGACCUUCUCAACGGUGGGUUUCGGGGACGUGACGCCGCAGAUCUGGCCUUCUCAGCUGCUGGUGGUGGUGAUGAUCUGCGUGGCCCUCGUCGUGCUGCCGCUGCAGUUUGAGGAGUUGAUCUAUCUGUGGAUGGAAAGACAGAAAUCUGGAGGAAACUACAGCAGGCAUCGGGCUCAGACAGAGAGACAUGUGGUCUUAUGUGUCAGUACUCUGAAAAUCGACCUGCUGAUGGACUUUCUCAAUGAGUUCUACGCUCACCCGCACACACAGGAUUAUUAUGUGGUCAUCUUGUGUCCGUGUGAAGUGGACGUUCAGGUCAGGAGGAUUUUACAGAUUCCUCUCUGGUCACAGAGGGUCAUUUAUCUUCAAGGCUCCGCCCUCAAAAACCAGGAUUUACUUAGAGCCAAGAUGGACGAUGCGGAGGCAUGUUUUAUUCUUAGCAGCAGGAAUGAAGCUGAUCGCAUGGCAGCAGAUCACCAGACCAUUUUGAGGGCUUGGGCUGUGAAAGACUUCGCUCCGAACUGCCCUCUGUACGUCCAGAUCCUCAAACCCGAAAACAAAUUCCAUGUUAAAUUUGCAGAUCACGUUGUGUGUGAGGAAGAGUUUAAAUACGCCAUGUUGGCCCUGAACUGUCUGUGUCCGGCUACUUCUACACUGAUCACGUUACUGGUCCACACAUCUCGCGGACAAGAGGGCCAGCAGUCUCCGGAGCAGUGGCAGAGGAUGUACGGCCGAUGUUCGGGUAAUGAGGUCUAUCAUAUCCGCCUGGGUGACAGUAUGUUCUUCAGGGAGUACAACAGCAAAAGCUUUACCUAUGCUGCCUUUCACGCUCACAAAAAGUACGGUGUGUGUAUGAUUGGCGUGAAGAGAGAAGAUAAUAAGAGCAUCUUGUUGAACCCUGGACCGCGACACAUCAUGUCUGCCAGCGACACCUGUUACUACAUCAACAUCACAAAAGAGGAAAACUCCGCCUUCAUCUUCAGACAGGAGGAAGACCAGGGAAAGGGGCGGAGCUACUGCGAUAUAUUAAACAGCCCGUCAGGACUGCCUGUUCAUAGCAUCAUUGCUAGCAUGGGAACGGUUGCCAUGGAUUUCCAGAACACCAGUCCCACUGAGAGUGGACUCAAACUGGCUCCGCCCACAGAGAACGAACUGGGAAGUCGACGGCCGAGUAUAGCACCUGUUCUGGAGAUCGCUGACUCCGCCUCCUUACUGCCGUGUGACCUGCUGAGCGACCAAUCAGAGGACGAGGCCGGACACUCAGAUGAAGAUGUAACAGCCACUGAUUUUGUGAAAGGUUAUCCCCCGAACUCUCCAUAUAUUGGGAGCUCUCCGACCCUUUGCCAUCUUUUACCCCAGAAAGCCCCUUUCUGCUGUUUACGGCUUGACCAGAGCUGUGAGCAUGUCUCUUUUGAAGACGCAAAAGCAUACGGCUUCAAAAACAAAUUGAUCAUUGUUUCUGCGGAGACGGCUGGAAACGGCCUUUACAACUUCAUAGUGCCUUUAAGAGCCUAUUACAGACCCAGAAGAGAACUCAACCCUAUAGUCCUGCUGUUAGACAACCUACCCGAUGACCACUUCCUUGAGGCCAUAUCCUGCUUCCCAAUGGUGUAUUAUAUGGGCGGCACCAUUGACAACUUGGACAGCCUAUUGCAGUGUGGCGUUCUGUAUGCUGAUAAUCUAGUGGUGGUGGACAAAGAAAGCACAAUGAGUGCAGAGGAAGACUAUAUGGCUGACGCUAAAACCAUCGUCAAUGUGCAAACCAUGUUCAGGUUGUUUCCGAGUCUCAGUAUAAUCACAGAACUGACGCACCCGUCAAACAUGAGAUUCAUGCAGUUCAGAGCGAAGGACUGUUACUCGCUCGCCCUGUCCAAACUAGAGAAGAAGGAACGUGAUAAAGGCUCAAACCUCGCCUUCAUGUUUCGCCUUCCCUUUGCUGCUGGCCGAGUCUUCAGUAUCAGCAUGCUGGACACACUCCUGUACCAGUGUUUUGUGAAGGACUACAUGAUCCCCAUAGCCAGAUUACUGCUGGGAUUGGACACCACACCUGGAUCUGGAUACCUGUGUGCUAUGCACAUAUGUGAGGCUGAUCUCUGGAUCCGCACGUACGGGAGACUCUUCCAGAAAUUCUGCUCAUCCAGUUCAGAGAUUCCCAUCGGAAUCUACCGCACAGAGUCACACGCACCACCUGAGUUUCAAAGCUCAGUCAGCAUAGAUGGUUUAAACGACACCAAAGAGAAAGGGGAGGAGUCAAAGAUCCUCACCCGGAGCUCCUCAAGCAGCGACCAAUCAGAUCACCCACUCCUGAGAAAGAAGAGCAUGCAUUGGACGAGACGUCUCAGUAGGCGGAGUGUAAAGAGGAGCGACUCCUCUCUCAGCUCCAUCCAGCAGCGUCUGGGUGUGUUACGACGCUCAGAGAGGGAGGAGCUUACUGAACUGGUCAGAAACCGCAUGCAGCAUUUAGGCCUGCACACUGGCGGAUACAAAGAUGUCACAAAUUUAACAGCCAGUGAUGUGAUGAACCGGGUUAAUUUGGGCUAUUUGCAAGAUGAGUUGAAUGACCAGCAGAACUCCAUCUCAUAUGUGCUCAUAAACCCCGCCCCCGACACGCUGCUGCAGCUCAAUGAUGUCGUGUUUUUGAUUCGUCCAGAUCCACUGGCUCACGUACCUGAAGCUCCGCCUGGACAGAAGCGCCGCUGCCGCUCCACCACAGAUACACCAGAACUCAACUAGAUUAAACCGGUCAGACCGAGAAUUAGAUCAUUUACUGAAGGAGAUUUAAAGCCAUGGAUUAUAAUGAGUGACAUAAGCUAAUGUAGGAAAUAUAAGCUAUUACUUCAAAUUCAAUAUUAGUGAUAUAUUAGUCUGAACACUGCAUAUAAACACAUACAGUUGAAGUCAGAAUUAUUAGCCCUCCUGUAUAUUUUUCCCCCUAAUUUCUGUUUAACAGAGAGAUUUUUUUUCAACACAUUUCUAAACAUAAUAGU